GUCAAACGCUCACCUGCAAUGGCUUCCUCUCUCCCUGGUGUGGCACCAUUGUUUCCGGCAGGAAGAGAACCCUUGCCUCCAGGGCUCACGGAGGAGGACCGUGAGGUGAUAAAGCAACAGAAGUAUUACCAGGAUUUGAUCACGGAAGCACCACAUUCAUGCAUAGGCAAGGGCAUCCUUUCGACAGGCGCAGGCUUCGGUGUCGGAGUCUUCAUCUCCAUGUUGUCUUCGUCAUACCAAUAUGAAGAUCCCCUUCUACGACAGAAUCUGAGUCUACAACAGAAGACCUCAGAAAUCUUCAAGGAGAUGGGACGGAAUGCCUGGCGGAGCGGAAAAGGAUUUGCGAAGGUUGGAGGGUUGUAUAGUGUGACCGAGUGUGUGAUAGAAUCGUAUCGUGCAAAAAACGAUCUGGUAAACCCCACCGCGGCAGGCUUCGUCACUGGAGGUAUCUUGGCACGAGCGUCUGGCCCCAAGGCCAUGGUUUUGGGUGGUAUGGGCUUCGCAGCGUUCUCGUGUGCUAUCGAUCUAUUCUUGAGGAGGGAGACGGCAGACGACGACUAACAUUCUGAUCCAUAGACUGGCCACCGGAAUAACUUAUUGUCGCAUAUUGUAUACACACCUCAUCUCAGCUUCAUCACAUUGCUCUUGCCAUAAUAUCACUCGCAUCUGCCCCGG